AGGUCAGUCCUUAAACAGUCUUACUUUGCCACACACUGAAGCAGCAUCUGUGACCGGACACACACACAUACAGGUGUUAUAGCUGUCAGAUUAUGGAAAAGGGUCCACUUCCUCCUCCGUAUCUGGGACCACCCACAAAUCCUGACUAUGAGGCUGUAUAUCCCCCAUAUCCUGCCCAGCCAGGUCCAGCCCAACCUCCACCAGCUCAAUCUGUAAUGAACCAGCCAGCACAAGUGGUGACAGUGGUGGUAGCAGCACCAAAUUUGACUGAUGUCCCUGGUCAGAUGCAGUGUCCUCAUUGUAAGUCCGACAUUGUGACUGAAACCAGACACACUACUGGCCUUUUGACCUGGCUCAUAUGUGGUGGCCUCUUCCUGUUCUUUUUCUGGCCAUGUGCUUUCAUUCCAUUCUGUGUGGACUCCUGUAAGGAUGUGGAGCACAUUUGCCCACAAUGCCACCAGAAAGUGUACCACUACAAACGCUUGUGAAAGCCCUGCCUCCCCAACAGAUCAUUGCGAAUGAAACAAACAAGGUUGGAAACAAAACAUUCUAAUCCACGGAAAAUGGAGGACACACAUCUAAUUCUCUCUGUCCAUCUGUAAUUCUUCAACAUCUUCAACAGUGACAAUUCUAGAAAAAAACUGAUGAGGUGGCCGGGUUGGGGUUGGGCUGUUGUUGUUUUUAUGAUGUAUUUACUGUAUAUCCACUGUUUGGUGAACCUUUAUGUUGUAUUUAUGAAUGUGUUCUCUCUGCUGGUUGCAUAACAAAUUGAAAGACUCAAAGAGGGGUGGCACAUAAAUUUAACAUGCGAAAAGUAAAACAAUACAUAUUAAACUCUUAGAUUCAAUACUAUAUAAAUGAAUUAUGCAUUAUUGACAACAAACUGUUUAUUUUAUAUAAAGAAGAAUUGAAAAUAAACUAUUUGACAUGUGAACCAGCAAAUAACUUGGAUUUUUGUAAACGUGAAGCACAUAACUUGGUAGAUGCAAUGCAACAAGAAAGAAAGUAGCCAGUAGUAUAGCCAACUAGAAAGUUGUCCACCCUACAGGCUAGAUGUGCAAUGCAUGAAUAGAAAACUUUACCCAUUAAUAUAGCCUAAAUCAUCUGGCCAACAUCAAAUCAUAUAAAAUGCUUGUUUUGGCUAAGAAAGCAAAUUUUCUUGAAGAUGUUUCGUGCUGACAAGCCCAUUAUCUGAUCCCUGCUAAGGUGGCUGACUGGAUUUUUGGGGUGGCCUGUGCCACCCUGUGCUCUGUGCAUCUGGCUCUGGCCCUGUAAUUCUUGACUGAAUGGGGGUUCUCAACUGUUGUAGAAAGAAAUGGCUGAUCUUUAAUGCAAUAUCUGCAUUGCCCAUUAUCCAAUAUUCCAAAGACACAUUCUGUUAGUAAAAGGUUAACUGAAAAAAACAUCUGAGAACCCUUUUACAAUUAUGUAAGUACAUAAUGUAAUCUGAAAACUGCUGUCCUGAUUAAAAAGAAACAAUGCAACUGA